AUGCCCUCGCCCCUGUCUGUGCGCCGUGUCCUCCCGGGCGAGUUGUCUCCCUCUGGGGACUCGCGGCCCUGCAGCAGCCCCUGCGAGCGCCCAGGGCGGCGGGGACAGCGCGUCCUGGGUGGCACCCCUCCCAGGGCACCUCGGCUGCCCCGCCGCCUGGCCUGGUGCUCCAUCGACUGGGAACAGGUGCGCUUCCUGCAAAGGCUGGGCGCUGGAGGCUUUGGCUCGGUCUACAAGGCCACUUACCAUGGGCUUCCCGUGGCCAUAAAACAAGUGAACAAGAGCACCAAGAACCGACUGGCGUCGCAGCGAAGCUUUUGGGCUGAGCUCAACAUAGCCAGGCUCCACCACGACAACAUCGUGCGGGUGGUAGCUGCCAGUACGCGCACGCCCGCGGGUUUUAAUAGUCUAGGCACCAUCGUCAUGGAGUUCGGGGGCAACACCACUUUACACCAACUCAUCUACGGGGCUACCGGCCUCCCCGAGGAGCCUUCCUGCUCUGCUGGAGGGCUGUUAAGUCUGACAAAGUGUCUCAAGUAUUCCCUCGAUGUUGUGAAGGGCCUGAUGUUCCUUCACUCACAAAGCAUCGUGCACUUGGACCUGAAACCAGCGAACAUUCUGAUCAGCGAAGAGGACGUCUGCAAAAUUGGGGACUUUGGUUGCUCGCAGAGGCUGGAAGGUCUGCUAGGCUUCCACGCUCCUCACCACCUAGGCGGUACCUACACCCACCGCGCCCCAGAGCUCCUGAAAGGAGAGACCAUAACUCCCAAAGCUGACAUCUAUUCUUUUGCCAUAACUCUCUGGCAGAUGACGACCAAGGGGGUGCCUUACUCAGGGGAGCGACAGUAUGUGCUCUAUGCUGUUGUGGCCCACAACCUUCGCCCAUCUCUCUCAGUGGCUGUCUUCACGGACUCUGUCCUGGGCCAAAGGCUUGAGAAGAUCAUCCAGAGCUGCUGGGGAGCCAGUACUUCCCAGAGGCCAAAUGCAGAGCUUCUCUUUGUUGACCUUAACUCUUUAAAAUCUGAGUUCUGCUGA